AUGAGUUCGUCGGGGGUCCCCGCCUUCGAGAAGGAGCAUCUCUGGUUGUAUCUGCAGGCGCUCGGCUUCGAGCCAGGCCCGGCGACCAUUGCCUGCGGGAAGAUUGUGUCGCUCACGCACUUCGGACAGAACAUGUUUGACAAGUUGAACCGUGAUGCCUUUCAAAUAGUUUCUUAUUUUUUGUUUCAAACGCUGGAUCAGUCUCUUACCAAAGAAGUUUUCAAAUUUUGCUGGCCUCCAUUUGACCAAAAACGUGAUGCUGAAUUUCGGAAACAUUGCUGUGAAUGGUUAAAAAAAAUUUCUGCUGAAUGUGGAGGUAACUUCCCUCAAGUUGUUGGUUCAUUAUUUAUUUCCCCUGGAGGUCCGAAGUUUGUUCAUCUGAUGUAUCAUUUUGCAAGAUAUGUUGUAAUACAAUAUAUUAAAACCCAUUCUAAAAAUUCUCCUAGACAUUUUACAGAUACAUUUAAUGUGAAGCCAUACGAUUUGCACAAGUGCAUUGCUAGAUGCCAUGUAGCACGUAAUAGAUUUUUUCAAAUUUUGCAAAGACAAGAUUGUGUGAUCCGAAAAUAUCAGGAAAAUGCACAAUUGUCAGUUAAGCAAGUACGAGAAUUACGAGCAGAAUGUAUAGCACUGCAAAACCACAUGAAAAAAAUGGAACCCUAUGAUGACCAAAGUAAUCUACAAGACAAAGUUGAAAGGGUUCGAUCAUUGUGGGCUGUGGUGAAUGAAACACUCGUGGUUUUGGAAAAAGAGAGAGAAGUUGUUAGUUCAGUCCUUAGCCUUGUUAACCAGUACUCUUUAGAUGGAUCUAAUGUUGCUAUUAAUAUCCCAAGGCUUUUACUUGACAAAAUUGAAGAACAAAUGUGUCAGUUGCACAUAGGAAAUGUUUAUGAGGCUGGAAAAUUGAACCUCUUAACAGUUAUUCAAUUAUUGAAUGAAGUCUUGAAAAUAAUGAGAUAUGAACAUAGUCAGGCUGACCAAACAAGACUGACAAUAGACCUUCACUACCUUGAAAAAGAGACCAGGUUUCAGAGAGAAAGAUUGUCAGAGCUGAAGCAUAUGAGGUAUAAAAUAAAAGAAGAUCUUACAACCAUAAGACAUUCUAUUCUUGAGAAGCAGGGAGAAUGGUAUAAGAAGUGGAAAGAAUUUCUUGGUUUGCCUCCUUUCAGUCUAAUUAAAGGUUGUACUCCAGCUGUGGAUCUUUUACCACCCAUGUCUCCCCUUUCAUUUGAUCCUGCCUCAGAAGAAGUAUAUGCAAGGAGUAUUCUUUUGAAGUAUCCUGCUUCCCUUCCAGAUCCACCUAAGCAAGGUAACGGAGAAAUUGAUGGUAGAAGAGAGAGUGAGCCACAAGAAGUUGUAAACAAGCUAGCCAAUAGCCCUGCCUUCUUUCUGGUGAAGUCAGCUUCAUUAGCAGACAGAAACAGUGUUACAUGUCUUGAAAAGGACAUGAAGAUAAGCCCUCCUAGAGAGAAAAAUGAAACAAUUUCUAAGAAAAUACCAGAAUUUGAAUUGGGAGACUCUCCAUCAUCAAGUAUUAAAAAGAAUGCAGAAAGUAGUGCAAUUGGGGGUUCUCUGCUCGCCAAGAGAAGUGAUCCAUUCCAAAAAGAACAAGAUCAUCUAGUAGAAGAGGUUGCUAGGGCAGUUUUAUCUGAUUCACCAAAGCUCUCUGAAGGAAAAGAAGUAAAAUUGGAGGAAUUGAUUGAUUCCCUGGUUUCUAACCCAUUCUUAACAAGGAACCAAAUUCCUCGAACUCCAGAAAAUUUGAUAAGUGAAAUCAGAAGCUCAUGGAGAAAAGCUGUUGAAAUGGAAGAUGACAGAAGUACAGAACCAGUUCAAAUGAAUACUGAUCACAGAGAUGCUUUGUCAGAAUCCUUACCUGUGUUGCAUAAUCAAACAGCAUUUAGCACGGCCAGUUUUCUCUCAGCAAAUCCUGUAUCAGGUUGUAGCCAAUCUCAUUUGCCUGAAGUAGAAGUUCCUUCUGAUUGCCUCAAGUGUGUAUCUCAGAAAUGUGUGGCAGCCAGUCACACAGGUGACCCACCAACACAGAACCAGUCAGAUAUGUUAAAUACAAUUAUUUGCAAGCAAGAUUUGGAAUGUACAACUUUGCAAACCAAGCUUUCAGAAACUCAACUAGAGACAUUCUCCCCUGCUGUACACCACAGGAUACAUACGAUAGGAGGCAGUAAAGAGCAGUAUGUUGCAUCCCCUGACCACUUGCAAACUUCUUACAAAGAAUCAUCCAUGCAAAAAACCAUGUUAUGGAACUCUUUUCAAAUAUCAAGUGGAAUUAGUUCUAAGAGUUAUGAAGAUACAGAUUUUGGCAUAUUACAUGAAACUCUUCCAGAAGAAGUUGGUCACCUGAGUCUUAAUAGCUCCAAUAAUACAGAGGUCAAUUUUGAACUGGAAUCAAAUAGUCCUGUGCAUGAUGGCAGUUAUCCAGAAGAUGUGGGAAAAAUAUAUACUACUCCAACAUCCAAUUUUAAUUUGCAGGCUCUUUGUAGUAGAUAUGAGGCUCUGAAAAAAACUCUUUCCAAGAAAAAGGAAGAAUCUUACCUGUCUUAUCCUGAAAUACUUGAAAAACAUAAACCAGAAUUGAGUCUUACUCCCAAUAAUACACAAACAGAUGAGAUGUUUAACUUUUUGGACGCUCAUGACUCGUACACUGGCUAUCCAACACCAUCUGUACGUGAGUCAUUUGGUGAAAGAAAACAGUCUCUUUCACCACUAAUUAAAUUUUCUCCAGAGGAGUACAGAUUGAGGACCACAAUACCACAUAGUUUGGGAGAAUUUCUACCUAAUUUAAAAGAAGAAGAAAUCCGGAAUAAGAGUCCUGAUGCAGGAAAGUCUCCGUCUGACUUGAAAAGAGAAGCUAAUUGA